CCGGAGCAGAACCCCUGAACUUUAAAGAUGACAAGACAACAUAACUUCUAAUUCUCAGAACGUCAAUCGGGGCCGUGAAGGGUGGGUAAAAUACGUGUACAGUGACGAUAUAGAAUUUCAACAUUUAAGCUAACGAAGCUGCACGUGAAACGUAGAGUGAAAUGGGCAUUGUUGACCUCAUCAAGAAGAAGGCUAAAGGACAAGCUUUAACGGAAGAUGAGAUAGCCCGCUUUGUUGAAGGAAUCGUUGACGGUACAGUGUCGGAGGCACAAAUUGGAGCUAUGUUGAUGGCUAUCAAAUGGAAAGAACUAGACAAAAAAGAAACCAGGUGUUUGACGCGUUGCAUGGUGAACUCGGGGGAUGUUUUGACCUGGCCCGAUAAAUGGCGAGGUAGCAUGGUGGACAAACACAGUACAGGAGGCGUUGGAGACAAAAUCAGCCUCGUUCUAGUGCCAAUUCUUGCCUGUUGUGAUGUGAAGGUUCCUAUGGUGUCCGGCAGGGGGCUCGAUCACACUGGAGGGACCCUAGACAAGUUGGAAGCCAUUCCAGGGGUCAGCGUGGAAUUUGAUAUUGAUAGCAUUAAAUCAAUGGUGGAAGAUAUCGGAUGCUGCAUCGUCGGGCAAACAGAAAGUUUAGUCCCUGCCGAUAAACAGUUAUACGCAAUUCGUGACGUCACUGAUACAGUUGACAACAACAGUCUCAUUGCAUCGUCUGUUGUGAGUAAGAAGGCAUCAGAAAACGUCGAUUUUCUCAUUCUGGAUGUGAAAUGUGGGAAGGCAGCCGUAAUUCAAGAUGAAGCUGCCGCCGAGGUGCUCGGAAAGUUGAUGGUUGACAUUUCAAACGAUAUUGGCAUGCGCACGAUGGCACUACUCACCCGGAUGGACCAUCCUAUUGGAUUGGCAAUUGGUAACUCUCUAGAAGUGGUGGAAUCCCUCAGAUGUCUACGGUGGAACUGCCCUGUAUGUAGUGACUCAAAAAAGUGUUUACACUGCAGAGGAUGUCACGAUAUCUUAGCGCUGGUGUACGAACUGGGAGGGCGUUUACUGUGCAGCGCAGGUAAAACACAAACCUUGGUAGAGUCCCGUUGCUUGAUGGAGGAAAAAAUUAGGAACGGGGAAGCCAUGAACUGCUUCAAGAAACUGAUUGUCGCACAGGGUGCCAAGCAGGAGGUGGCUGAAUGCCUAUGUGAUCCUAAAACAGACUUUUGGGCAGGACUUCCUAAAGCAUUGCAUAGCAAAGGGCUAAAAGUGGAACAAGAUGGGUAUGUUCACGAUAUCGAUGCAUUCAAGUGUGGCAAAGCCUCCUGGAAUCUUGGUGCCGGCAGAAACAAGCAAGUUUGUGACAUCAAAAUGGGAGUUGGUUUAGAACUCCAAGUCUGCCUAGGUGACCGAAUCAGAAAAGGUGACGUAUGGGUGACUGUUUACUACGACUCGGAUACUGUUCCCGUGGAGGUAGAGGCAAUGUUAAACCAAGCCUUGGUUGUGAAGGACCAGGAACUGACCCAUACCAACGGUUCACGUGUCGUCAAGGUCAUUACGUAAACCGAUCAGACAGCAAUUACGUCAUCAUCCAACUACUUAUAAAGUAUUUGAUGAAGAUCAUAUUCCAAGAAUUAACAAUGAAAGAUCGAGACUUUAACCAAAAAAUGAACAAAUAUUUUAGAUUAGAACCGUAAUAUUUGCAUGAUUUAAGCGAGAUAAUAUCAUCAUAUAUAUAUCAACUAUAUAUGUAUAUCUGCAUACCAUAUAUAUAUGUAAACUCAUUUAUUUUUCAACAAUUUAGGUUUUCUUACAUACAUUAAUAUAUUUCGUUGGCCCUGAUGGUAGCGUGCAGAGGGUCUUAAAGGAGGAAACCGAAGUACCCAUAGAAACCCCACAAGGUCGGGCUGAUAACAUAAUACAUUUUCACGUCCGAUCUGGGAAUCGAACCCCGGCUGUCUGGGUGAAAGGCGAGUGUGAUAUACACAGCGCCACCCGACUACUAAUAUGGACAAUUAUUUGCCCUGAUAUGAACCAAAAACCUACCUGAUAUAAACAGAAACCGGCUGAAAUGAGUUAGGGACUUAUCUGAUAUGAACCAUAAGUGUUACUCAUUCCAGGUCUUUUUUUAAUAAGAAACAAAUGGAAAAGAUGCCAAUAGCAGAUUUUUAUGUUUUUAGAGAAACUGGUUUUCUCUUUUAAAAAUUCGAGGUACUAUAGUUAAUAUGUUAUCCUAUGUAAAAAAAGAAAACGUUAAUGGAAAAACUGCAAGAUUAUCUGUAACAAACACACUAAAUGUUCCAAAUAUCCGAACUAGUUAUGUUAUCUUAAGCGAUGAUUUAAAUAUACUUGUUCAGUGCUCUGGACGGAAGCAUAUAAUCCAGAUAAAGACUCAUGUAGUGCUUAGAUCGUUGAAAGCAUUUACUUUACCAAAUCCUACCUUUAUUUUUUCCUAUAUGUAUUUCAAUGGGUCAUAAGUUUUAAACUCAAAACAUUGUUUAACCUCAUCUUAUGGUUAGUGUAUAUGUGAUUAUUCCCCUUUUAUUCAUACCAUAUGUUAUUGUUGUAUCGCAAUAGUAGCUCACCAGAACUAUCUUUUCUUGUUUACAUUUAUGCGACCCUGAUUAUGAUUUUUACAUCUUCAUGUUUUAACCAUUGAUAUACUGUUUACUUGGAAAUGUUCGCUGUUGUUUAAUUUUCGCCUUUUAUGCCUUCCACCAUGAGGGUGAAUUUAUCAUGAUAACGAAUAUGAGUUCACAACAUCAACAUACGUUAUAAAUAUAUUACGGGUGGAAGCGAAAUUAACACUGGGCGAAUAUUUAUUUAACCUGUGCAGGGGCAAACAUUUCCUUGUAUACAGUAUUUGCAUUGUAACAAUAUUCAUUGUAAUUAAUAAUGAUGUUUGUGCUUUAACCAUACCCUUUAAUAACACUUGUUGAUUACUGGAACAAACUAGAUGAUAUUUUGACCAGAGCUACUGAUACUUCAAUGGAUGUGGUACUCACCGGUGACAUUAAUAUCGAUAUGUUAACCCUUCUGCCUAAUCAUCACCAUUUCAAGACUCCUUACUAAGCAUAAUGUAUCAAGCCUUAUUAACGAACCUACACGUAUAACGCAGGAGAGUGCCACUUCCAUUGAUGUUAUCUUUACAAACAACCGAAACAUAAUUAGAAAUACUUAUACAUCACCACCCUUCUGUAGUGAUCAUUCCUCUGUGCAUGCAUCAAUUUUAUUUAGUGUAUUCAAACAAGCAAGUUAUAAGAAAAAUAUUUUAAAAUAUGAAGAAGGUGAUUUUGAAAGUAUGAAUAACACUCUUCUUGAUGUUGACUGGUUGAAUCUAUCUUCAAACCAGGACUCUAAUACAUUUAACAGUAUCAUAACUGAUUUAAUCAUGGAUCUGGUAAAUGUCUUCAUUCCUGCUAAAGUAAUAACAAUACGUCCUAAUGAUAAACCAUGGAUGAACAACAACAUAAGAUUAAAGAUGAGACAGCGCAAUAGUAUUCACAGAAAGGCCAAAUUGACAAAUAGUCCUCACUUUUGGAAUAGAUUUCGGAUUCUCAGGAAUGAAGCCAUUGACCUGAUCCGUGAAGCUAAGUCAAGAUAUAUCAAAACCCUAGAAGACUCUUUAAAUGACAUUAAGAUUCCCCCAGAUAAAUGGUGGAAAAUUGCUAAAUUUAUCUCUAACUUCACCAAUAAAUCUUCUCCAAUUCCUACUCUUGUAAUUAAUAACCGAGCUGUUCACCAUCCCAUUGAUAAAGCUGAGGUCCUCAAUAAUCACUUAAUUAAUAUCUUCACAUCCUCACCUGACCUCCAACUACCUCAGACAGCACAACCAGCAAUUCCUUAUUCACUAUCUAAUAUUAAUAUUACUGAACAAGAUGUUGCUGACCAAAUUAAUAUACUUAAUAUAAAUAAGCCCCCUGGACCUGAUGGAAUUGUUCCCAAAAUUAUUAAAAGAUUGAAUUCCUCUCUUAAAUUACCCCCUCAUGAUCUUAUUUAAUAAAACACUAGAAACAGGAGUGAUUCCCAAUAGCUGGAAACAAGCAAAUAUAAAUGCAGUUUAUAAGGGUAAUGGAUGACCUAAAAAUGAUGUUUUAAACUACAGACCUAUUUCAGUAACUUCAUGCUUUAGUAAAAUAAUGGAAAAAAUUGUGUUUAAAUAUCUUUAUAACUACCUGUUGGAGAAUUCUAUAAUCACUAAGCACCAAUCUGGAUUUACACCUGGUGAUUCAACAGUUAAUCAACUCUUGUUUAUAUAUCAUGAAAUUGUUAGUAAUAUGGACCAGGGAAAAGAACUUCGAUUUAUUUUCUGUGAGCAAAGCAUUUGAUAGGGUUUGGCAUAAAGGUCUAAUUCAUAAAAUUAGGACAUAUGGUAUUGAUGGCAAUUUGCUUCUCUGGUUUGAAAAUUAUUUAACAGACAGAAUGCAAAGAGUUAGCACUGAAGGAUAUCACUCUCAGUUUAGGACUAUAAAUGCAGGGGUACCUCAGGGAUCUAUUUUGGGACCACUCCUGUUUCUUCUUUAUAUCAAUGAUAUAACCGACAAUGUUUCUACUAAUAUUAAACUUUUUGCAGAUGACACUUCUCUGUAUGUAAUCAUAGACAAAAAUCCAGUUCAGGGAGCCCAGGAUCUUUCGAAUGACCUUGUAAACAUUAGUGAGUGGGCAUAUAUAUGGGAUAUACAUUUUAACUCAAAUAAAACAAAGUCAUUUGUAUUUUCUAGAAAACAUAACCACGUACAACCCCCAAUAUCCUUUCAAAACAAUCAAAUCACUGAUUCAAAAACACAUAAACACUUAUGACUAACUUUUACAGACGAUGCAUCAUGGAAACAGCACAUACAGAUUAUAUAUGAAAAAGCAUACAACAGAUUAAAUAUUCAUCGUUAUAUCAAAUCUAAGGUAGGUCGUAAAUCAUUAAUUAAAAUAUAUAUUGCAUUUAUUAGACCAAUUUUUGGAGUAUGCAGACAUUGUAUGGGAUAAUUGCACUUUAAAACUUAUUGAAUUACCUGAAUCUGUACAACUAGAAGCAGCUAGGAUUAUAACUGGUCUUCGUUCAGGGACAUCACACAAUAAACUCUAUAAUGAACUUGGUUGGGAAACACUGUCUGCAAGACGGUAUAAACAUAAACAAAUAAUGAUGUAUAAGAUAAUGCAUGAACUCUCACUUCAAUACUUGCAAAAUGUCACAAAUCCUUUUAUUAACAAUCAUAAUAACAAUCCCUACUCUCUUAGACAAACCAGACUCUUUAACCCAGAACUAAUAACUAUUUUGACAGUUUUUUCCCCUUUAUGUGCCGCAAUGUCAACACUAUGGAUACUGAUAUGUUGAACUCUCUAUCUCUUGCUCUGUUUAAAAAAGUACAAAAUAAAGAUAAAGUUAAUGACAGAGAAGUAACUUCAAUUUUUAAAAACAACGGUGAAAGAUGGGUUAAUAUUAUUCUUUGCCAAUUAAGAAAUUCCUGUAGUAAUUUAAAUUCUGAUUUAUAUCGUGACCAUUUAUUAGAUAGUCCAACUUGUGCUUGUUCUUUUGAACACGAAACAGCCUCUCAUUAUUUCUUCAAUUGUCCACUGUAUAUCGAACAACGAAAUACUUUGUUUACUUCUUUGAAUAAUAUUAGUAAUCAUUACCAUAUGGAUUUAAAUAUAUUUUUCCAAGGUUGUCCUACAUGUGAUCAGUUUUAAAACUAAAACUGUUGACAGAAUAGCAGAAUCAUGCCCCUGCUUGCUCCAAACUUAAAAAGACCAUUACACCUACUUGAAAUGCUUUCUUCCUGAAGUUUAAAUGUGUGUAAUAACUACAUGUAUGCUCAGCUCUUCACACAUGUUUCCUUUCUAGACCCAUUCCGAGCGUUCAAUUCUAUGAAGGCUUGAAACCCUAUUUGUUUUGAAUUUGUGAUAAGCAUGGUUGAAGAGUUGUGAAAAUGUUCAAUAUUGAGUGAUUUUACAUACGAUGCGCUUAUCAAUUACCUAGCAAACAACAACUGUUAAUAACCUGGAUCAAGAGCCAUUUAUUUAGUGGAUAGACCGGUUAGUCUCUUUCAACAGUACAAGUCUAAGCUCGGGGAAAAAAUCCAAACAGACCUUCAAAUGUUCAUGAAGGCGUUGAAAUCCUCGACAAUGCCUUCAAAAUAAACAGCAAAUCACACCACUAUCCCGUCACAGUUAAACAAGUUGUACCAGUAAAACCGUUUGGAACAUGGUUCAAGAAAGCUGCCCAAAACGUCAUCGUAAUGUCGCUUCCCAUUAGAGAUUGUUUGAGCGCUUAAAUUUUAGCGGAAAAUAAAUUAACUAUGCAUGUUUUAAAGACUUUUAAAAUUUGGCCACCGCUAAGGAUUUGACGAGCACACGU